CUGGUUGAUUUUAUGCCACCGGAGGCACUUGCUUUGACAGAUUACUUCGGUAAUACAGGGCUCCACGCAGUGGCUGUCCUAGGAAAUGUUCCAGCAGCCAAGCUGUUUGUGAGGAAAAACCAAGAAUUACCAAAUAUUUGGAAUAUUGAUGGAUCUUUGCCUAUUCACUUGGCUGCAAUGAGAGGUCAUAGAGACAUGACUUUGUAUUUGUUCUCUGUCACCAGAGAAGAUGAAUACUCGGACCCAUCUAAGGAUGAAGCUGGUGCGACGCUUCUGAAUUUCGUAAUAAAUGCUGGAUUUUAUGAUUUGGCUGUCCAUUUACUCGAACAUAACCCAAAGUUGGCAUGGCAAGGUACAUCUCCUUUGGAUCUGAUGGCUGAGGAACCAUCUGCUUUUCUAAGUGGAGAGCACUUAACUAUUUGGCAGAACUUAAUCUAUUCCUGUCAGUUUCUUUAGUCUCUAUUCAUUAUCAAAUACGUUUCCUGUGUUUACGUUCUAUUAUCUUAUUCUGUUUCUCCGCUUUUUAUUCAUCGAUUAUGCCUUUUUAAUUCUUUUAAGAAAUUAAGAAGCAACUAUCACAUCUAUAUUUACUGGAAGUGGGGAUAAGGAGCUGGAAUAAAGAUGUCUAAACUUUAAACAGCAGAUCAGAUUAGACGUCUUAGAAGAGUUCAAAUCAAAAUAACAGAGUUUAUGUGAUCUUGAAAAUUAUGUCUAUCCAGUUUCGCAUUUGAUUCUAGCAGUGUCAGAUUUUCUUUUACCUGAAAUUUGGAAAUAAACCGCUUUUACCCUGUACUAUUUUCUCAAUUACGAAGGCGAAUAGAAGGAAACAUACAUGCCGAAACAUAGCAUAAAACGUUUUAGCCCAUGUGCCUGGUGUUGAUUGGUUUUACAUAUCAACAUUUCCAACCUUUUCUAUUGAUUUUAGGCAGAUAAAAAAUCUGCUCACUUUCCCGGGGUUCCAACUGGCCUAAUCUUGUGUGAGAAAUGUUUCUAAUACAACUUGGAACUGCUGUCGAGCUAUUGUUAAAUUUAAGGAGCUGUUUUUAGGCUGAGCUUUCUUGAUCAGGUAGUGUUAUCACUUUAGCCAUGGAGCAACAUAGGUUUCUCCCAUGGUUCUAUCACAACAAGGUACUUAUGUCAUAACUCAUAGAGUAGGAUCAAUCAGAUUUUUGUUGGAUUAUUGACAAGGUAAAA